CAGCAUUCACCACACUUGUGUCUCUGUGUGACCACACAGAAACAGAGGGGGAGAGAGAGAGUGCGAGGGAGAGAGAGAGAGAGAAAGAGAGAGAAAGGUGACAGAGUCAAGGGCCAAAUAUUCUGAAGGAAGUUUUUUUUUUUUAUGCUUUUUCCCCACAAGGGAGAAUAACCUGCCUGCCGCUGCUGACUUGCUAAAGAAUUGCAAGGCAACUAGCAGUGGACAUGGCUCUGCUAAGUUGCCAACUUUGUAAAAAGCGGGGAGUUUUGAGAUGCCUGCUUGUGGUGUUUUCUCUGAGCUUCCUUUUUGCCUCAGUAGAUGCUGAGCCAUUUGACCCUGCUCACCUCUAUCGCCACAGAUCAGGACCUAACGAAGACAACACCAUCCUUGCUAAUAAUGGGAUCAGGGUUCCUUUUGGGAGGUCUGUAUAUCUUGACCCUUUUAGUGACCUGGUGACAGAAGUGCAGCCUGGUGACCGCUGCCACAUCACAGUUUUGGAGAAUGAUCCCUUGGCCCAGAAACCAGGGAUGCUGACCCCUAAAAGGUUUCCCUGCACAUUUGGACCAGAUGAAGUGAAAUACACUCAUUUUGGAUCUCGGAGCCCCAGCAAGGACCGUGUGAAGCUGCAGCUUCGUUAUGACUCCCAGACAGACACGGUUAUCAUCCCCUUCAUGUUGGAAGUGGAGGUGGUUUUCCAGCAGCUUGAGAUCCUCACCAGGAAUAUGCCUCUUAAUGUAGAAAAGCUCAGUGGCGACAGCAACCCUAUUGACAAAAAGGGUCUGGAGUUUUCCUUUGAAGAUGGUGUCACACAGUGCAAAAUCACCACUCUGGUUGGUGCUGGAGGUCUUCCCAGGUAUGGCACUCUUUUGAAUAACCCUGCCAGCGGUAAUAUGAUUGACUGUGAUGAGUUUGUGAAACAGGGCAUCCGCUACAAGCACACAGCUGAAACAAAAUCGCCCAACAGAGACUAUAUCCCAAUGAUGGUGGAGCUGCAGGAUAAUGACGGCAACACUAUCAUGCAAGAGCAUUUCCAAAUGAUGGUUAGGAUCAGAGAGGGUGCCGAAAACACAGCUCCUAAACCCAGCUUUGUAGCAAUGAUGAUGAUGGAGGUUGAUCAGUUUGUGAUGACAGCUAUUACAAACGACAUGUUGGCUGCUGAAGAUGUUGAAUCCGAUCCAGAUGAUUUAAUCUUUAAUAUUACUUCACCACUGAGCCCUGAGCAGGGUUAUAUCUUUAGCACAGAUGAUCAGAACCUGCCUAUCACCUCCUUCUAUCAGAGAGAUAUCAAAGAUCUUAAGAUUGCUUAUAAACCUCCCUCAGAUGACUCAGGAGUAGAAAGGAUUUUCCAGCUAGAGUUUGAAAUUGUUGACACUGAUGGUGCUGUGUCCGAAACAUUCGCUUUUAUGAUUAUGGUAAAGCCUAUGAAUACCUUGGCUCCUGUGGCAACCAAAAAUACAGGGCAGCUAUUGUUUGAGGGGCAGUCUCGACCACUUUCCAGCUCCCAGAAUUUAGAGAUUAGUGAUGAGGAUAACUUAGAAGAUGUGAGAAUAACUGUUGUUGAUGGUUUAAAGCAUGGAGACUUGACUGUGCUUGGAACGCGUAGGAAAUUCUUUUCACCUGCCGAUCUAGACGCUGGGAUUGUAGUGUACCAGCAUGACGGCAGUGAUACCUACAGCGACAACAUUAUUUUUAGAAUGACUGAUGGCAGUAAUGAAGUGGAGUUUUUGUUCCCUAUCACCAUUGCUCCCACUGAUGACGAACCCCCUAUUAUCAAUGCUAACACCGGUCUUGUGCUCUUUAAGAAUGAAGUCAUGCAGAUCUCACCUUUCAUCCUGAGUGCAACAGAUAUUGAUUCAGAGGAUUCCACCAUAAAAUUUAUUUUAGAGGCGCCCUACUCAACUGUUGGGGAGCUGCUGUUAAGGCAGGUUGAGCCUCCAUCUGAUCCGUCUCUCUGGAAGUUCAGUGAAACAGAUGAGAUGUUUGAGCAGGUGGUGACUGAGUGGUUUCAGCAGGAUAUUCUUGAUGGAAAGUUGUUCUAUCAUCAUAUCGGACCCCACAGCACCACCACUGUGAUUGAUCACUUUGUGUUCCGGGUCCAAGAUGAUAAUGAUCCUCCCAAUCAGUCAGGCGAGCACAUGUUCACCAUCAAAAUCCACCCUGUCGAUGACCUUACCCCAGAACUUUUCCCAGGCACCACCCUUCACAUGACAGUUCAGGAGUACGAGCUGACACACUUCAAGAAGAAAUUCCUGUGUUAUAGUGACUUAGAUUCAGAUGACAGGGAUAUCAAGUAUACCAUCACUAAGGCCCCAACUGAUACUGAUGAGAACAAUCCAGGGCCCUUAGGUGAAAUUGUACUGACUGACAGCCCUGACACUGUAAUUACAGAGUUCACACAGGCACAGGUUAAUCACCAUAAAGUAGCUUACAAGCCUCCAGACCAGGAGCUGGGCAUCACUCCAAAAGUAGCUCAGUUCACAUUCAUUGUGGAGGACACAGCUGGAAACACAGCAGACGGACUAUUCACCAUUUUCCUACAGCCAGUCGACAAUAAACCACCAGUUAUCACCAACACAGGGUUCACUGUGAUGGAAAGAAGCUCAUAUAUCAUUACAAGGAAGGAGCUACAUGCCACUGACACCGAUACAGAUGAAGAAAAUAUCCUCUUCACAGUGACCCAGAUUCCUCGUUAUGGGCAGCUGCAGUAUUUGGGGAUUGACAUGUCAAACAGGGAAACGUUUGUGCUUGAAGACAUUGCAAGUGGCCGACUAGCCUACAUCCAUAGUGGAGAAGAAUCCCUUAGUGAUGUUAUCAAGAUUGAUGUGAGUGAUGGAUACCAUGAGGUACCCAUUUCCAUGAAGGUCACCAUCGAGCCUGUUGAUGACGAGACCCCUACAAUCAUGCUCCCAGCCGGCCUGCUUGGUGCCUCCAUAGAUGUACUAGAAAAUGGAGCCACAGAGAUUACAACCAAUGUCAUUCAGGGCCGUGAUGAAGACACGGAUGACCUCAUCCUCACCUUCAUUGUAGAAGAACCUCCCAGACUUGGUGAAAUACUGGUUAAUGGUGCACCUGCAGAGAGAUUCACUCAGGAAGACAUCAUUAACGGUGCAGUGGUUUACGCUCACACAUCCGGUGAAAUUGGUCCAUUCAAAGAGUAUGAUUCUUUCAACCUUACUCUGUCUGAUAUGUCGGAUCAGUGGGUCGUUGGGGGCAACAAGGUCCAGGGUGUGACAAUUCACGUCACCAUCCUUCCUGUUGACAGUAUUUCACCUAUAGUCAGUGUUGGAGAGCAGUUUGUUGUUGUGGAGGGAGAGAAAAAUGUCAUCACCCUGGAACACAUCCAAGCCGAAGAUAUUGACACAGACAACGAGGAUAUCCUCUGCACCAUCAUUGUCCAACCAACAUCUGGUUAUGUGGAAAACAUCUCUCCAGCUGCAGGCUCUGAGAAAUCCAGGGCAGGGAUAGCGAUCACUGCCUUCAGCAUUAAAGAUAUUGCCCUUGGUCACAUCUACUAUGUCCAAAGCAUCCACAAAGGUGUCGAACCAGUGGAAGAUCGUUUCACCUUCCGUUGUUCAGAUGGUAUAAACUUCUCUGAUCGUCAUUUCUUCCCUAUAGUCAUCAUUCCAGCCAAUGAUGAGAAGCCUGAAAUAUUUAUUCGUGAGUUUGUGGUAAUGGAAGGCAUGAGUCUGGUAAUUGAUACACCAAUUCUCAAUGGGGCUGAUGCUGACAUCCCUGGGGAUGAGCUGCACUUUGAGAUCAUCAAAAAACCCCAGCAUGGUACAAUAGUUCAGCAGCUUAGCACCGGCACCGUCCCUGUAGAUACAUUUGACUUGGAACAAAUCAAAGAGGCGUCCAACAUUGUCUAUGAACAUGAUGACUCUGAGACCAAAGAAGACAGCUUUGUAAUCAGACUUUCAGAUGGGAAAAAUAAAGUGGAAAAAAAGGUUCUUAUCAUGGUUAUUCCCGUUGAUGAUGAGACACCAAGGAUGGCUAUAAACGAUGGCCUUGAUGUGGAAAUUGGAGAGACAAAAGUAAUCAGCAACAGGGUUUUAAAAGCCACAGAUCUAGACUCUGAAGACAAAGAGCUAACAUACAUUGUGCAGUAUGGCCCAGGCCAGGGUUACCUCCAGCGAAUCAACAAAUUUGGAGAUGUUUUAGGUAACAUCACCCGGGGAAUGAAUUUCACACAGGACGAAAUUGACAAACAGCUCAUUCAGUAUGUACACACAGGCCAGGAAGGAAUCCGUGACCUGCUGAAAUUUGAUGUCACAGAUGGCAUCAAUCCCCUCAUUGACCGUUACUUUUACAUUAACAUUGGAAGCAUUGACAUGGUCUUCCCAGAUGUAAUCAACAAAGGUGUGACUCUCAGGGAAGGUGGAAAAGUCACUCUUACCACUGACCUCCUAAGCACUACAGACAUCAACAGUCCUGAUGAAUUCCUCAGCUUUAGCAUCACAAGAGCACCGAGCAGAGGCCACUUAGAGAACACUGACCACCCUGGUGUUCCCAUCUCCACCUUCACCCAACUGCAGCUUGCUGGCAACAAGGUCUAUUACAUCCACACCUCUGAUGAUGAAAUGAAAAUGGACAGUUUUGAAUUUGAGGUAACAGACGGUUACAAUCCUGUCUUCCGGACAUUUAGAGUGUCCAUCACUGAUGUGGAUAAUAAGAAACCUGUCCUGACUAUAAACAGGCUAGUUGUUGAAGAGGGAGAAACGAAACUCAUCACGCCUUUUGAGUUGACAGCUGAGGAUCGGGACACACCAGACAACCUGUUGCGUUUCAUAGUAACCCAGGUGCCAGUGCACGGGCAGCUCCUUUUCAACAAUACCCAACCAAUCACAACCUUCACCAAGCAAGAUCUAAAUGAGAACCGUAUUAGCUACAAGCACGAUGGCACUGAGACAAACGAAGACAGCUUCUCCUUCACUGUCACAGAUGGCACGCAUACAGAUUUUUAUGUCUUUCCAGACACUGUGUACGAAACACGCAAACCCCAGAUGAUGACCAUAUACAUAAACACAGUGGACAAUGGUGUGCCCCAGAUUGUGGUCAAUAAGGCUGCAGCCUCACUGAAGGUCCUCCAAACUGGCGUUGAUGCAGGGCCAUUCCGAUCAGAGAGGAUGGUUGAGUGUAUCUUGAGGAUCCACGCGUGCAGCCUGUUGUAG